AUGGCCCAUAUGGACGUCGAAGCUAUGCUCAACAGGCUAGGCGGCUUCGGAAGAUCGCAUUUGUUGAUAGCAGCGCUGUGCUAUCUCACCGCCUUCUUCGCCGGAAUGCCCGUGGUGCAGGACUCAUUUGUGAACUACACUCCUGCCCAUAGAUGUUACGUGCCGUCAUGCGACUCCUCGAACACGACUUACGAAGACGACUUCCUCAACUUCACCACUCCUUCAGAAGACAACGAGUGGGCCAAAUGUGAAUACCACUCACCACUCACCAACGAGACGAGUGCCUAUAAUUAUGCAUCAAGACCCAUCCAAAUACUGGCGUCUCUAUGGCGGGACGAGGAGGACGAGGCGCGGUCUGGGGGCGCGACGUGCGAGGCCGACCACUUCGCUGUUGCUGACGUGCGAAGCUGCGACCACGGCUGGGUGUACGACCACGAGCUCUUCCAGUCCUCCACUACUAUGGACUUUGACUUGGUGUGCGACAAGUCCUUCCUGACAUCCAUGACGACGUCCGCCUAUAACGCCGGCCAGCUUCUUGGGGCCAUCACCAGCGGCGUCAUGGCGGACAGGCUCGGCAGAAGAGAAGCUGUUUACGUCCCGCCUUCGGUUCUUCAACAGCUAUGGCUGAUCUAA